AUGCUUUUCGGAGUAAAGUUGGCCAACGACGUUUAUCCUCCUUGGAAAGAGUCUUACAUCGACUAUGAGCGUUUGAAAAAGUUGUUGAAAGAAGGUGUUAUUAGGGACAGGUCAAAUGGCGCUAGAGCCAAGAGCGAGGAUCGCGAUUUUGCCUGGAACGAUAAUGAUGAGUCUCGUUUUGUCGAAGCAUUAGAUAAAGAAUUGGAGAAAGUUUAUGGUUUCCAGAUAAAGGAGUAUAAUACACUUCUGGAAAGAUUGAGUCGCUUGGAGUCGCAGACUAAUUCGGAGGAAAGUAUCAAAAACCUAGACGCAGAUGCGUUUCAAAGUGUCUUGGAAGAUCUGUUGAGUGAAGCUCAAGAAUUAGACAACUUUUACCGUUUGAACUAUACCGGAUUUGUUAAGAUUGUUAAGAAACACGAUAAAUUACAUCCCAAGUACCCAUCGGUUAAGUCUUUGUUGGAAGUUAGAUUGAAAGAGUUGCCAUUUCACUCUGAGGAGUUAUCUCCUUUAUUGUACCGUGUUUCUUUCUUGUACAAUAUCUUGAGGAGCAAUUUUAGCAAUGUUUCCAAAUCCUUGGCUGAGGCACCAAAACUGUCUAAUGUCAAUGGUUCUGUCACUGGUAAUAUCAAUUUUGAAAGUUUUAAGUUCUGGGUUCAUAACGAUAACCUGAUGGAAGUUAAGACUAGAAUCUUAAGACAUUUGCCAGUGUUGGUCUAUGCAUCUGCACCAACCGAGAAUGAUGACCUCAUCGACAGAUACGAAGCUGUUGAUGCUGAUGUUGCAGCCCCUUCCACGAGCUCUAGUGGAGAGAAUUACGAUAAUGGUCUACGUGAUAACAAAUCUUAUGAUCCAGUGAUCACUGCUCUGUACUUUGACAAUGAAAGAUUUGAGCUUUACAACAACAAGUUGCUAAAGGUCAACUCUUCUCCAACUUUGAGAUUAAGAUGGAUGGGUAGAUUGCACGACAAGCCUGAAAUUUAUUUGGAAAAGAGAAUGGUUGUCGAAGACGCCGAGUCCGGCAACACCGAAUUGGAAGAGACUCGGUUACAGCUUAAACCAAAAUACAUUAGCGGUUUCAUCUUCAACGGUGAUCAAAAGAUUAAAGCCCAAACUUUGAGCAAAUUGAAAGAAAGUGGCAUCGGGGAGAACCAAUUGACCAAGACUGCAAACAAAUUCGAUUCUUUGCAGGAGUUUGUUAUGCAAGAAGAGUUGCAACCUCUCUUAAGAACUACUUACCGUAGAACUGCAUUCCAAAUUCCAGGUGAUGACAGAAUUAGAGUCACUAUAGAUUCUGAUAUUCUAUACGUCAGAGAAGAUUCCUUUGACAGUGACAGACCAAUCAGAGAUCCAAAGAACUGGCACAGAACCGAUAUCGACUCCAAUGUCAGCAACCCAAUGAAGUUCUUGAGAAAUGGUGAAUACUCAAAAUUCCCAUACUCUGUUAUGGAGAUCAAAGUGAAGAACAAUGACUCCCAAGGCUCAUCUAAUGGUUCCCAAAUGUCAUCCAACAGGUUGCCUAGAAAGCACGGUCAAUGGAUCUCAGAGUUGACGAACUCUCAUUUGGUCAAAGAAGUUCCAAAAUUCUCUCUAUACGUUCAAGGUGUCGCAUCCUUGUUCGGAGAGGAAGAGAAAUUGGAUGUUUUACCAUUCUGGUUGCCAGAAUUGGAUACCGACAUCAGAAUUGAUCCAAAGCAAGCCUAUGAGGAAGAAAAGAAAAAGAUGAAGAAGCAAAAGGAGACACAGGCAAAAAUUGAUCAAAUGAGAAGGCUCUCCAAGAUCUCCUCCCCCGGUAACGGUGAUCAUCAGCAGCAGCAACAACAACAGCAAGUAGAGCAAUCAGCACAGGUUGCACCCGCCCAACGUGAAGCUGAUCUGGAUGAUCACGAAUCAUCCGACGAGGAAGAUGAAGCACAAAAAAAGAGAAGAAGCAGGAAGAACAAGAAACAAAGAGCAGAGGCCACUUUCUUGAGGAUUCUAGCGGGUAAGGACUCUAAAUUGACUGGUGUCGACUCCGAGGACGAGGAAAUCUCUUUACCUCCUGGUGUUCAAAAGCCAACUAGUUACAUCAAGAACGCUGGUCCUGUCAAGGUCGAAGCUAAAGUUUGGUUGGCCAAUGAACGUACUUUCAACAGGUGGCUGCGAGUGGUUAGUUUGCUAAGUAUCUUGACGUUCUCCAUCUACAACUCCGUUAAGAAGGCCGAGUUCCCUCAAUUGGCUGAAUUUAUUGCCUACAUCUUUUUCGCCUUAACCAUUUUUACUGGUCUGUGGUCUUACUGGAUCUACAUUAAGAGAUUAAACGUUAUCAAAGAGAGAAGUGGUAAGCAUCUUGAUGCUCCAAUAGGUCCAAUACUUGUGGCCACUGUGGUCGCUCUCACUCUAAUAACUAAUUUCGUUGUAGCUUUCAGAGAGAGUGCAAAGAACCAGAAGAACUCCUUCUCCACAAUGUCAAACGAUGAGCUUUCUGAGACUUUGAUCCCAAUUCAGAAGUUCAUAUAUCGCCUUGUCGGCGCCAAGGAAUGA